AUGGAAGCGGCCGCGGAAUUCAUCAAUCAUACGCUGGUAUCCAAGGGCUACCUUCUCAGUGACCGACUCAAGUUUGCAACCGUUUCCAAAACGCCGCUCGAAAAUGUGGAGGAGAACGACAUGCUGGUGAUCAACACCAUUUACUCGCUGCUACAGUCUCUGGAAAAGGACUCCAAGGCCGAAGAGAACCGGCUGAGGCGAGUGGCGGAUCUGGAGCACGACAAUGACCGUCUACGCAACGAAAUAAGGGCCCUGCAUCGCAAAAAUCACGAUCUUCACACGCGUCUAGCUCACGAGGAGAACGCGUUACAGAACGCCAAAAGAGAAAUUGCGAGGCUGGAAGCCGCAGCUAAGAACGAGAGAGGCAGUCUUACGCGUGCAAAAAUGGCCGUCGACAGAUUCAAGCAGCAGAGUAUGGUUGAAAUGCGCAAACGGGACGUUCGACUGGAGCGAAUGCGAGAACUGGCCCGAAAAGGGACAGCAAUCUCUUCUGAUUCGCUGGUGACAUUUACACCACCAUCACCAGACGUCAGACAGCUUGAUAAUGAGCUCAUCAGAGACAACAAAAUGCUGCUGUCGCUCAUCUACAAAACUAUCGACGACAUUGACAUGCUGAAACGGAAUGCACUUGAGACCCAACCAGGAGAAUACAAGGCCCCGACGGAAGACGAUCUCAACUCCAUCGUCCAAUUGUCCGUGUCCGAAUUACAGCAUGGAGGCACAUUUUCACUCAACCGGACCGAUGACCUUAAUGAACUAGCAGCCACUAUGGCUGAUAACCUGUCUUCACUCCGAGAUGCCCUGUCGCAACGGUUCACGCUACCUGAAGUCGAUCACGAUAGUGAGGUUGCCGUGCUAAAACGACAGCUGCACGAGUCCAACGAAAAUUGGCACAAGGCAGUCAAAACAAUGGAGGAAUGGAAAGCAUAUCGCGGGGAACAGCACAGCACGAGGUGA